CUACCAUACCGUCUUACUGUAACAGUUGUCAUAACAGCUCUCACCAAUGUCGUCUGUCGGAGUGUUUGCCAGCUUGCGUUCCGCAAGAAGACAGGCGUAGUUUGUAGUAAUAGUCAAUGGGAAAACAUGUCUAUUGCACUGCAGUAUAGUUAUCUCUUUCUAUUGCACGUUUUUCUAAAGUGAUACGCCAAGUUCGUCUCUUUCUUGCCAAUACGCGACUUGCGAUAGCUUGGCAAUUCUGCCAGUGAUUACAUUGUGUGCAGUGCGCGUGUGUCGUCGUUUCCAUAUCGAUCGGUAGCCAGACCGCAUUGCUGUACAUUCCGGAGGCGGUGCCUCGCCUAGUUUUCGUCGCUCCUCGAAGUGACGGACGCGUGUCGGCGUCGGCGGCGGCCCGGACGGCCCUGCGCAGUAACAGCGCGGGAGACAGCGACUCUCUUCUGCCAAAUCAGACUCGCUGUCCGCGGCGGACGGCUGUGAUGUAGCCGGGGCCGGCAAUUGGCCUUCGGACAAAGGAAUCGCGACACUCGAUUCGCGAUGAAGAAGUUCACUUUCAAGGGGGUUCUGGACGGGUUCCGUAGCUCGGUGCAGGCUGCUCCGCGCGGGAACGACCAGGAGAUUCAGGAGACGCUGCGACCUGAACAUUUCCAUGUAAAAAAGACUUUUCGUCAUGGAUUCCCCUUCUCGCCGACGGCGCUGGCCUGGGACCCUAUACAAAAGCUGCUUGCAAUUGGCGACAAGAGCGGAAACCUUAGGAUUCUGGGUGGGCCCGGGGUGGAUGCGCACGUUCGUCACGACUCCGGGGACGUUGUUCUUCACGCCAAGUUUCUGGUCAACGACGGCGGUCUUGUCACCGCCACCGCCGAUGACCAGCUGCAUCUAUGGACAUUUCGGCAAAAAUCCCCACAGCGCGUUCAAUCGCUCAAAUUUCAAAGAGAAAGGAUAACAUGUCUACAUCUUCCGUUGUCUUCAAAAUGGAUGCAUGUUGGCACAGAACGAGGGAACGUUCAUGUCGUCAACAUUGAGACGUUUGCUCUCAGCGGCUACGUUAUUAACUGGAAUAAAGCAAUCGAAGUAACUCGACCUAAUCAUCCCGGGGCGGUAGUAGAAAUUAUAGACAAUCCAUUAGACGCUAGCAAGUUGCUGAUAGCGUUCGAAAGCGGUUUAGUUGUGGUUUGGGAUCUGCGGGCGCGUGCUGCAGAGUGGCGUGGCCACAUAGGCUCGGGUAUGCCGGGGGAUGCUAUCCGCGCAGCUGCUUGGCAUCAUGACGGCAAACUCAUGACAGCACACGCUGAUGGCGCGCUCGCAACUUGGACUGUACGAGCACCCAGACCUAUCUCGCUAUCUUACCCACAUGCGAAAGCUAACAAAGAUGGUAAACUAGAAGCCUGUAAACCUAUACACAGGUUGGAAUGGAAGACUUCAAAAACGGGCGAGACUCUGGUGAUAUUUUCGGGCGGGCUACCGACGGACAAAGCGGGCCGGACACACAGCAUCACGGUUUUAAAUGGCAAAUCAACCACAGUACUAGAGAUGGAGCACAGCGUUGUUGACUUUGUCACUCUCUGUGAAAGCCCACACGCCGCCGAAUACCAGGAGCCGUAUGCGAUAGUGGUGCUCCUGCAGAACGACUUGGUAGUAAUUGACCUUCAAUCGCCGGGAUAUCCCUGCUUCGAGAAUCCUUAUCCUAUGGACAUUCACGAGUCCCCGGUUACCUGCUGCUCAUAUUUCGCCGACUGCCCCUCGGACCUGAUCCCAGCGUUCUACUCGGUUGGCCGUCAGGGGAAUAAGAAGCCAGCUGGCUUCAGCGAAAGAUUGUGGCCUGUAGACGGUGGUGAAUGGUCACCAGCGUCAUGUUCCUACAGCGAGAUCAUACUCACUGGACACGCGGACGGCAGUGUCAAAUUUUGGGAUGCGAGCGCGGGGACUUUACAAAUAUUAUAUAAAUUAAAAUGUGCUAAGGUGUUCGAAAGACGGGCAGGCAGCGCAGGAAGCGCGAGCAGCAUGGGCGGGAACGAGGAGGAUAGCCCGUUGGGCAUCCAGCAGGUGGCACUCUGCGCGGAAUCCCGGCGAUUAUGUGUGGCACUGCCCCACGGCCAUGUUCUACUCUUCAAAUUCCGUAAACAAGAACUCACUGCGCAGACGCAUGUGUUGGAGAUCCCUAUAAUUUGUGAUGCGACAGAAGAAGAGACAUCUCCGGAGGGGGAAGGGGUCCGCGGGGCUGGAGCUCGUGAUGACCACGACACACCAAGGGUACGGUCCGCUUGGGGCAGCGUACGCGUGCGUGGUGCAUCAGGCACUGGCGGGUCGAGACGUGCGGCUGGGUUCCAGGCCACCCUCGUGGCCUUGCAGCAGGGCCCACCCAACCCAGUUGCUGCACUCACGAUCAACUCCUCCUACGGACUAAUAGCUUGGGGCGGCGAGCGAGGCGUGGUGGUGGUGGACAUGUGGCGCCGCGCUGUGGUGGCAGCCCUGCCUGCACACAGCCUGUACUUGCCCGAACCCAGCCUACGACCCGACAGGCACGACCGACACGACCGCCGCUCACCCGACCUCGACCAGCUGGAAGAGGCGCCGGCCAGCCCGGAGCCCGCCGAGGAGACUCUGCCCGAACCCAAACUCGACGCCAGGCGGAAAUCCACGCCCUGGAAAACAUUUAAUCUCAAGAGACAGCUUUCUAAAGUCGAUCUUAAGCUUAAAGCUGCAUUCGCCCCCGUCGACAGCGAUGAGACCACCGAAAAGAGUAACUCACAGUUUUACACCGAACCUCAGGAGAAAGCAGAGAGUGCUCAAGAAAGUAACGAUUCGCCGGAUGAAGAAUCCAAUGAAAAACUCUCAGAGGAAGACAAAAGUCAAUUACCGUCCCCGCUGCGCGUUUGUUCAGAUGUGUUCGAAAGAAUGCAUCGAGAGUUACAAGAGAAGAGGUCGGCUGACGUGUACGACAGAAUGCAUAAAGAGUUACAAGAACGAUGGCAAGAUAAAGAUCGGCUCGAGUCUUCCCCUGAUGUGUCUCCGUCGAAAUUGGGAGACGACGACAAAGCCGUCCGACCAGAUAACCUCCCCUUAUUCGAUGACGAGGGAAAACCCACUCGACCGCCUCGACAAAAAAGUAAAAAGAAAGAUGAUAGAGAUCAGAGGGAGCAACGAUUGUUGUCAGUGCCGAACAUAAAAUAUAACAGGCAAGAAUCGGUGAAAGACCUGCGAAAGAGACAAGCGAGCCAGCCUGCGCAGUCGUUCGCGGGAAACCUCAUGCGACGCUUCAGAGACUUUGUAGCGAGCCUCUGCACGAGAAACCAACAGAUCAGUGGCGAAAUUAGCGAAGAAAUCGUACAAGUGCCCAACAGAAUAGGUCGCGUAGAUAAACUGGACAGUUCGUUUUCGCGGUCUCGCUCCAGCAGCAUGUCCAGCCUCGAAAACAUCUCGCAAGAAGGCAUACAGUGUCUGGCAUUUGCCGACAGUUACAUCAAAAAGUCAGAUCCUACUUUGUCAGUUCCGACGCUGUGGAUAGGAACGACACUGGGAUCGGUGAUAACCAUGACUAUUAACCUACCCGAUGCUGAUCUGAGGCAUACUCAGCCCGUCAUCGUAUCGACAAGUGGUGGUCCAAUUUUUAGGCUAAAAGGGUCAAUAUUAACAAUGUCUUUUCUCGACUGUAAUGGUGCUUUAAUCCCAUAUUCAUACGAAAGCUGGAAGGACGACACUAAAGAUAGUCGUGAGCGUCGUGAGAGGACCCCUACUAAGCAGAGCUCGUCCGGCAGCGGGCACGGCAGCCAUACCAGCCCGAUUCCGCAGGAGGCGGCUGAUCGACAGUUUGUGGUGGUAGCGUCAGAAAAGCAAGCGCGUGUGGUAGCGUUGCCCAGUCAGAACUGCGUCUAUCGCCAACAGAUCGUCGAAUCCGACUUUGUUGUCAAGGCGGAGAUUGUCAGCUUAAAAGAUAGUGUGUGCCUUGUAUGCUAUCUAUCGACGGGUCACCUUGUAGCCUACAGUCUGCCUUCGUUGAGGCCGCUCCUGCACGUUGACUUUUUGCCGCUUUCAGAACUCAGCUUCCAGACACAGUCCAAACAGAGGGGUAUCGUAGACCCUAUGCUCUCCAUUUGGGGCCAACAACUCAUUGUAAACGAGGACACGGACCAGAUAGCGAAGACGUUCUGCUUUAGCAACCGCGGGCAUGGCCUCUACCUGGCCUCGCCCACUGAAAUACAGAAGUUCACUAUUGACACGGAGUUUUGCCAACAAUUAACCGAAAUGAUGGGAGAGUUAUUCCUGCCGCGCGACAUGCCGGAACCGCCUAAAGAGAGCUUCUUCCGAGGACUUUUUGGUGGUGGAGUUCGGCCACUCGACCGGGAGGAGUUGUUCGGUGAAAGCAGCGGCAAGCCCAACCGCACCGUGGCUAAGCAUAUCCCCGGCAGCGAGGGCGUGGCGGCACGUGCAUCGGCAGCGACCGGGGAGAUAGCGCGGGCGCAUCAGCUCGUGGUGGAGCGAGGUGACAAGUUGUCUCAGCUGGAGGACAAGACCGAGCGCAUGCACACGGAGGCCGCGGCCUUCUCGUCGUCGGCGCACCAGCUAAUGCUCAAGUACAAGGACAAGAAGUGGUACCAGCUGUGAGCCCCCGGCCCCCCGUCGCCCCCCGUCGCAUAGAGCUUAGCGUCCCCGUAGCGCGUCGUAGCGGUAGUCUGUAGAAACACGAACGCACAAAAUUUUCGCUCUCUCCGUCUCCCGUUCGUCGUUAGAGCACGUAGCUCCCAUUCCUUCACUCGCGUCCUCGUCGACGAUCGGCGACCUCCUCCCCUCGUCCACUGUACAUACCGAUCGCAUUUCGCGACGUGAUAUUGUAAAUACGAGUCAUACACGAUAUUGUAAACUUUUGUACGAUUCCGUAGAGUUACGUCUCUCCGGGUCUCCGGUACAUCGGAGAUGUUAGCGUGUAACGUGUUAAAGUAUUGCAUAAACGUGAGAUUAUUUAAUGUUGCGACUAUUAAUAUUAUCGAUCUAGCGUAUGAAUAGAUAUAAUUUUUUAUAGAUAUGGCCGGUCGCCGAUACGUCUCGGUGACUUCGAUAGCGAUGGCCGUCGUCGGUCUGUAUAAAAUAAUAAAUUAUUGAAAUACGAAUAAAUGAUUGAAGAUGUAAGCAUCGGAUGACAAUAAUUGUGUUACAUUCCUCGUUGAGAUUGAGUUGGCGUUGCCGCACUCGGUACUCGUGUCUCGUGUCUCGUUUAGUUGUUUUUGAAAUCGCACUUUUCUAUAUAUUUUAAUAAAGGGUAUGUUCUUUCGACGCUUGUAUAUAAAAGUAUGCCUUAUAAAAUAUAUCUUGAAGUUAAUUAGUUAGUAUUUUUAUAAAGCGCACGUUAGUGAUUCGGUAACCAAUUACGCUUAUGAGCGGUAGCAAUACUUUGUACUGCGGAGGGCAGAGGGCAGCCAUCGGCCGGACCAAUCGGUGUCGUGUUGGUGUCGCUAGUUGUUUUAGUCUUAAUGUAAACCCUAGCCUUGAACUUUCUCUUGACGAGUGACGCUAACGUGCUCGCUCGUUAGUCCCGAGGGGCGUUCACGCGCCGCUUUCCUUGAUUUCCGUGUUUUGGUUACUCGUCCUCAGCUGUGUAUAAAUGUUUGAUGCCAAAGUUUACUAUUUUGUAUAUAAGAGUUUUUAUUGUUAUAAUAUUUGUAACGUAACAUUUUAUUUAGUGGAUUAUAUUGUAGUCGAAUUAUUUCCGCAUCCGACGCUAGAGUUACUGAUUACGACGUGGAAUUAUAUGAAUACGAUUGAUGAUAAUGUUCCGAAUGAUAUAUUAAUAAAUUAGAUGUCAGAAUUUAUUUUGUUACAAAUGCACUUAUAUUUAGCUGUGUAUCUGUCGGUUCCGGGUUUAUUUGAAGAGUCAAUAUUUUCGUAUCAUAAAUAUUUUAUGAAGACUUAUUGUAUACUAAGUAGCUGAAGUUUAUAUAAUUACGUUUAUGGUGCGUUUAACUGUUCCUUUGUUUUAACUACCUCUCGGUGUUUUAUGUUACUGCAAUGCUACGAAAUGUAAGGACAAUGGCUCCGUUAUUAAACACAAAUGAAAUGCUCAUUACAAUAUUUAUAUUUCCGUUCGAUUGAAUUUAAAACUGCGAAAUAUUUUUUUAGUUAGUUACUAUAAUCAAAUAUUUAUUUCAAGCCCAGCUACAAAAUGAAAACAUCGCAAAAUAAAUGUAAUUCAGAAAUUAGUCUCCAAUAUAAGCAAGCAACAUAGCAAUUCUAAAACCCUUUACUCGUAAUAAGUUUUCUUAUUUGAAACAAUGGGUUUGUAUACAUAUUAAUUCAAUAAAUAUUGGAGACACUUUAAUGAUGGGGACACAUCACUUGUUUUCGUAAUUGUUAAUGUGGCUUGAAUCUCUGGAGUUUCAAUCACUGAAUGAGGUUUGACGACUCAAUUGAGUAUUGAACGAAGGAAAUGAAUGUGUAUGUUACCUUAAGUCGAGAUUUUAAUGUUCUACUAACUAACGAAACGACCAAAUAAAAAGAUUAAAUAUCACAACAAAAUUUGCUUUAACUUCUCGCUUAUAGCAGAAACGUAUCUGUCCCUUAAUACUGAUUGUUCAGUGACAAUUUACUCCCCAACAAAAAGCCAGCGCUGAUGUCGUUAACAUAGAAUGAAAAUGAUUUAUUUGUAUAUUUUUAUCACAAUUGGAAAUCAGAUAUUUAGUUACUAAUUUAAAUCAGAGAAUUAAAUGAUCGCAAAUGUUGGGACUAAAUUAGGUAAAAUAAGAAUUGUAAAUAAACAAGAUUGUGGCAAAUAUUUCUUGUUACUUAAACUAAUUUGUUUAAACUUUGUGUUAACAGUCACUCCUUAAAUACUUAAUAUCAUGACUAUACAUAUUGUACAUAAUUUAUGCUGUUGAAUUAUUUAGU